GCUGCCACGCCUUUGUCUCCGUCCUUUGUCUGCCCCGUCCGUGCCCGGGGCAGGGACCGCUGCUGCACCCUCACCCUGCGCUCCCGCACCCAUCUCCUCCUUCGGUCCGGGCACCCCUGCGCCCCUGGAAUGCCCCUGCACUCCCCCUGUGCCCCCCUCCCCGCACUCCCGAAACCCCUCCCAGCCCCGCUCUUCCCGCACCAUGCACCCCAAUCCCCCGGGAUUCCCGACGUCCCCGGUUCCUCUCGACAUUCCCCCACUGCCUUCCCCCUGUCUCCUCCUCCUCGUCSUCCUCCUCCUCCUCCUGCUGUCGGGUUUGAACACCCCUUGCCCCCCGCAGCCCUGCCUCCCCUCCGCCGCUCGCACWGCUCUGCCCUGCCUGCCGGGCUCCGCCACACCGGGACCUGCGGACAGGUGAGGCAGAACACCCAUGAUUAUGGAAACUUCUUCCACUUUCCCUUCUGUUCUUUUCCUGUGCGUGCUGGUUCUUUCUGACAUCAGUCUUGCAGUCUCCCUGAACCCUGGCACAAAACUCAAAAACGUCCCAGAGAACAACAACAACCACCUUCAAAACCAAGAGAUGUGGCUGCAUCAGCCCAGAAGUGAGCACCAUCACAGGCAAGGCUUGGCCAAGAAGGAGAGGGUCCAUGCCAUGCCUUCAAGAAGGCAGCUGGCCGGGGAAGAGAGCCUCAAGAUGGGCAGUGGAGCUUCUGCUGUGGAAGAUCUGGUGGCAGAAGGACAGCCAGCAGCCCUAAAACAGAAUAAAGAUGCGUUCCUGGGCUUUCAGUUGCCAUAUCCUCAGAGGGAAAACCAGUCCCCAGGCUCUGAGAAAGGAAAGAAGCAGAACCGAGAGCAUCGGCGACACAGCCGCAGGGACAGGCUCAAACACCAGCGAGGGAGAAAAGGGAUGAAAAAGGUAAUGCCACUGUACCUGUUGCCCUCUGCAGGGAAGACUCCUGAUGCUGGACCAAGCUCCCUGUACAAGAAACCCAAAAGCUUUGAAGAACGGUUUCAAAACCUUCAGGCAGAGGUAGCUACAAGUCUGACUCCCACYGUGCUCCUCAUUACUGCACUGGACACUGCAGUUUCCACGGAAGAGCCUCCUGUUCUUCCAGCCACCUCCCCGCGGUCAGAGGCCCGCUUCAGGCAAGAUGGGGAUGUGAUGCCCACCUUAGACAUGGCACUCUUUGACUGGACCGAUUAUGAGGAUCUCAAACAGGAAAUGUGGCCAUCUGCUAAAAAGAAAGAAAAGCGUCGCAGUAAGAGCCCCAACAGUGGAAAUGAAACCRUGACAGCUGAAGGAGAGCCAUGUGAUCACCACCUUGACUGCCUCCCAGGUUCUUGCUGUGACUUGCGUGAACGUCUCUGCAAACCCCACGAUCGAGGCCUUAACAACAAGUGUUAUGAUGACUGCAUGUGCACUGAAGGGCUACGCUGUUACGCCAAAUUCCACCGGAACCGAAGAGUGACCCGGAGGAAAGGGCGCUGUGUGGAGCCUGAAUCAGCCAAUGGAGAGCAGGGUUCCUUCAUUAAUGUGUAGGAGGGUAGGACUCCUGUCUGGAGGGUCAGGAGCUGGGGUCCAACUAUUUAUACUUAGCAAUGGGAAUUAGAGGAAAAAAGUUGAGCAAAUGAUUGAAGCUGUAGACUCUGAACAUGCCAGGUCCCAGCUAGACUGAAACUCAUGUUCAUUAUAAAUAGAGUGGUAUCAGCCUUUUCCAUAGCAGGACUGCUUGCCCCCUCCCUUCCCUCAGCACAUUCSUGCCACUGAUUUGAGUCCACCUCUCCCAGUUAGUAAGCAAUGAYCAUGACUCCCAUUCUGAUGGUCCUGGCAGGAAAAGAGUCUGCAGUUUCAUCUCCUCCUCUCAACAGGCAAGAUGUGGAAGAUCCUUCAGGGCAAAGGGGUUAUGAGCUUAAACUUUACCCCUUAAUUAUUAGUUGAGAAUAAAGGUAGAUAGAUCCUCCUUACGGAGGUUCCUAGAAGAGAGGAAACUUGUAGUGUCCAGRUGGAAUCAAAGAUGGGAAAUGGAUCAGCAGGAAGCUGCCUGCCUAGGUGAGAGAGGACCCUCUGACAGACCUCUUGCUGUUUCCUUUUCUACUGCUCCAGACAUAUUCCCUAGCUGUUACACACUAGCACUUCCUACCUGUCAUCUCUGGGACCAUCCAUUCCCAUUCCAUUCUUCAUUCCUUUCUUCCUUUCAGAGAACCACCUGGUUUCUGCAAGGAUGUGGCAGGACCUCCCAGCCUGCAGCCCUCACUCAUUUAGCUAUCCUGCCAGGUCUGUUAUUUUUAAUGAUUAUUUUUAGGAGCUUUCUAGGGAAGUGAUAGUUUUCCUAGUGAGCCAAAAAUAAAAUUUUUGGUAACAGGAGAUAGGGACAGGCUGUUCCAUUGUAGUAAAUCCUGUGACAUGUUGCAUGUGUGUUUCCAUGAUAUGUAAAUAAAGAUAUG